AUGCUGCCGUACCUGUUCCCUGACCUCGCCGCUUUUGCCUCAGUCGCUGACCUCAUUACGCACCUCCGCACUAGUGACACCCGCUACCGCGCUGCGCUUCCUGCUGAGUUUUGCGCCAAGAACCCCCCACCCAUGUACAUCACCCUCUACUACCUAGUCACUCGGCUCCCUGACACCCUUCACUCCGUCAGGGACCACUUCCUCUCUCUUUGCCCCACCACACUCACCGUUGACCUCCUCAAGGAGCGCCUCCUUGCAGCGGAGAAAAGUAUUACCGCUGUAGGAGCCUCUCGUGGUGACCCCUGUACCCCUUUCUUUGAAGGGUGCUCCCCCGUCCCCCUGUUGCCCUCUGUUGCCUCUACUGCUGAUGUCGACCUCGUUGGCACCGAGUCGGUCGGCGCUGCGUCCGCUCCUAGUGGGAGGCGCCGCAACAGCAAGGGCAAGGGGGGCAAGGGUGCUGGAGGAGACGGCGGGGGCGGCCGCGGUGGCGGUGGAGGCGGUGGAGCGGGUGGGGGUGGAGGUGGGAGUGUUGGCGGCGGUGGGGGCUUCGGUGGCGGCAGUGGAGGUGGAGGCGGCGGCGGCGGUGGCGGCGGCGGUGGCGGCGGUGGGACUGGUCGUGGUGGCGCUGUGCAGCGUGGAGGCUUUGGUGGUGGCAACCGCCAGCAGCAGCAGCGUUCUCGUGAGAUCCCCUUGCCCCAACAGCUUCGUGAGUGGUACGCUGGGCGCCAGCGGUCUGCGGGAGCUGGUCCCUGUGCCUACGUCCUGCGUACCGGCUUCCGCACUGGUGAGACGUGCGGCGGCCCGCACGCCACCCAGCGCUGCUUCGGCCGCCUGAGUGACGCCUGGCGUGCCCAGUUCCCUGACUCCUCUGAGAUCCCUCGCUGGGGUGAUCUGCUCAAGUCGGGUGUUGCUAUCUUUGAUCUUGACUUUGAUGCUAUCCUUGCUGCUAUGUAUGUUGUGUCUAUUAGUGCUGAGGGUGACUGUUACCUGUGUGUUCCGCCCGACCCGGGCAUUGGGGCUGCUGCUCUAGGCGCUAGUGAGUCUGCUGCUCCAGAUGCUCGUGCGUCUGCUGCUCCACGUGCUGGUGAGUCUGCUCUCUCAGGUACCGAGUCGGCUCAGGUCUUGCACACCUUCACCCUUGACUCGGGUGCUUCCCGCUCCUUCUUUCGCGACUACACCACUCUCACGCCGCUCAGUCGGCCAGUGGCAGUCUCCCUGGCUGACCCCUUUGGGGGUCCGGUCCUUGCUCACUCCUCCACGUUCCUGCCGUGUCUGGCGGUCCCCUUUGGCUCCCUGUUGGGCCUCCACCUCCCCUCGUUCUCCACGAACUUGGUGAGUGGAGCUGACCUUCAGGAUGCAUGGGUUGACCAGUUCAUUCCAGGCGGUCAGAGGGUGACCCACUGUUCGUGUACUCGGACAGGCCGGCACCUGGCCACGUUUGCCCGUCAGUCUGGGUCGAGCCUGUACACCCUGUCUACUGUGCCUCCCCUGGUUGCUGCGUCUGCUCAGGUAGCUGCGUCGGGUAAGGUGUUUGCUGCAGCAUCCCGGUCUGGUCCUGAGUCUGCCCCCUGCUCGUGUCGCCUCCUGUCACACCAGACACUCCUAUGGCACCACCGCCUUGGUCACCCCUCCCAGCCUCGUCUCCGAGGCAUGGCCUCUCGUGUCCUUGUCACUGGUCUGCCCCGGUCACUCCCUCCCCUCCCUCCGGGGCUUGCCCCUACCUGCGUUCCCUGCGUCGAGGGGCGGCAGUAG